AUUAAGCGCGGACGAUUACAAAUCUCGCCAUAAAACGAAUCCAAUAAACGAUCAAAUCGAUGUUACGAAACCGUUUCAUUUCGAUUUGUUCUCGACUCCCUUCUCGUCUCGACUUGCAAGAUAAACGUAAGGCGGAGCCGUUCAAUUGUCAUAUAUAAGUAUGGCUGUGAUGCGCUGUUUGAUGGUGAUGGCCACGUUAGCGUUAUGCAACGCAGCGCCACCAGUAACGAAUUCUUUGGUGAACCUUGGCAAGAUGGAUAUCGCGUUUUAUAUCGACACAAAACCACAAGAUGUAAGGGGCUCUCCACUUAUCAAGCAGCGGCUGUCUGGAGUUCCAAGUGAGCCCUGUGCCUGCAUGGGGCUUACAUCUGCACGUGACACCAACCCACUACCAGAUAUAAUGACAAGACUCCUCCGCAAUAACGAUAUUUUUCCAUUUAACAAGCCUGCAAUGUCACCACUCUGUUGCGACUCUCAUGAACAGCUAAGGGAGGAAUCUAUAAUACUCGAGAUGGGUCCUCAGCAACGCAUUGGAUCUGGUGCCAGUUUGCCGGCUGCUGCGCUGCUGGACGCACUGGUAUCUGCGCCGGGCCUAUUUCCUCAAGAUCCACACCCACGCUCUAAUCCCAUAGAGCUCCUCAUCUUUCCAAGCAAAAAGGAAGUUAAAUUUCCAGAAAUAAAAAAAAAUAAGUUGUCUAAAGACGGCAUUAAGGCAGUUGGUGAUCGUGAGUUGCGUAAUGAUUUCAAAACACUGAAACCUCCGUCCGUCAAAAAAGACCUCACUGGACAGGAAGUACUGGGCAAGGAGGAUAAACGCGACGACAUGAGAUCUAAUUCCAAUACUAAUCUCGUGUAAAUGUGAGACAGUAAGAAACAGAAUAAAACCUUCAGGUUAUUUGCAAAUAAUAUACGCUAAAAGAAUA